CUUCUUUUCAUCCAUUUUUGCCUAUAUUUGACCACUUGUCACUCCUCUAUAUUUUUCACUUCAACUAAGAGUGUAAAACUGUGUGAAAAGUAGAGAAGAUGAGUUUUGGAACAAGUCCUGGAAAUGUAGCUGUUCACCAUGGAAACUGCACUGCUAAAGUUAUUGAAAAGAGGGUGAAAAUUGCAGAAUUGGUUUUAAGGGUUUUGAUAUUUGGGCUUUCUGUUCUUGCUGCUUCUCUUAUUGGGUUUGAUUCUGAAGUUAAGGUCAUCUUCUCCAUCACAAAAAAGGCUAAAUUCACUGAUAUGAAAGCCCUUGUGUUCUUGGUGAUAGCUAAUGGCAUAGCUGCUGCAUAUUCUUUGGUUCAAGCAGUGAGAUGUGUUGUGGAAAUGAUCAGAGGAAGUGUUCUCUUUAGCAAACCUCUAGCUUGGGCCAUUUUUUCUGGUGAUCAGGUGAUGGCAUAUCUGACUCUUGCAGCAGUAGCAGCAGCAAUGCAGUCAUCUGUUAUCGGAAAAUUUGGACAGACAGAACUGAAAUGGAUGAAGACGUGUGGAUUUUACGAAAAGUUCUGUAACCAAAUAGCCAAAGGAAUUGCAAGUUCGGUGGCUGUUAGUCUCUGCACUGUACUUCUCUCCUGUAUCUCGGCUUAUAGCCUCUUUCGAUUGUAUGGCGGGAACAAAAGGAAGAUGAACUUAAGUUGGUAGGCUACUAGAAUGAUGUUGUAUACAUAUAUAUACUACAUAUAACAAGGAAAAUUUUCACAAAACUAUCUUUUAUAACAAAUCAACAAUCUUUAUGUGGUUGUGUUUUUGGAUAGUUUUUUCCUUGGUUCUAUGUAAGAUUUGAGCUAUGUAUGUGUAUAUUGGACUUUUAAACUUGAUAUUUUGGGAGAACUAGUGACUAAAAGCAUUUAGUUUUUAGUAUGAAUAUGUAAUCCUAUAUUGCACUGGUAAUAACUUUU